CUGGAUAAGGCAGUGAAUAGAAGCUGGGUAUUAGAAGACAGCGAGAAGGGGUUGUUUUUAAAUGGAAUUGAACGCUGUAGCUCUACCAGUGAGUGUGUUUGCCAGAGUGUGAAUGCUUGUUUGUGAUUGCUGCGCCGAAGAGAGAGCGCUGCGCUGUCUCUUUAAAUGUAAGAAAAGUUUCAGCAUCUGGUAACUGAUCUCAUUACGUUGUGGUUGACCGAUCCUGCCCAAGGGCUGGUCCCGCUGCCUCAUAUUGGAUUGGCUGGGAAGAAAUUUUGGGAAGGGGUUUGGGGAGGGAAGUCUGUUUUAAGGCACCCAAUUCCCUCAGCGCAGCUGGACCGCAACGGCGCCGGGGAGCUUGAAACGGUCUAAUUUGGAUGGUGUGAGUUGCACAAAGGAAAAAAGUCAUGCAAUCUCGUGAAGGAAAGCAAUCGGAGUACAAGGCGUGCAUUUAUAGCUGCCAUCGAUCUAACUUUUUUCUUUGUACGAAAAUACUUUUAUACACCUGGAGCCACAUGUGCUUGGAUUAAAACGGUGCGUUGUAUCUUAUUUUGUAUCUAUUCUGUAUCACAUAUAUAUUAAAAUAAAACAUAAAAAAAAAAGUUUAGGAGAAAUGACUUUGCAAAGAAGUCUGUUGGGAUUCGCUUGUGUGACGCUGCUCCUGCACUGUAUUCCUGUCUCCGCGCAGUUCGGUGACAGAGGAGUGUCGGUCCCGGAUCACGGUUUUUGCCAGCCAAUUUCCAUACCGUUAUGUACGGAUAUCGCUUACAAUCAGACCAUCAUGCCGAACCUGGUCGGACACACCAACCAAGAGGACGCCGGCUUGGAAGUGCACCAGUUUUAUCCGCUCGUCAAAGUGCAGUGCUCGCCUGAGCUCAAGUUUUUUCUUUGCUCCAUGUAUGCCCCGGUUUGCACGGUGCUGGAGCAGGCAAUCCCCCCGUGCAGAUCGAUCUGCGAGCGGGCCAAACAAGGAUGCGAGGCCCUGAUGAACAAAUUCGGCUUCCAGUGGCCCGAAAGACUGCGGUGCGAGAAUUUCCCUGUUCACGGAGCGGAGCAGAUCUGCGUGGGGCAGAAUCAAUCUGAGGGCAGCGGGGCCAGUACUCCCCCAGCCCCGCCCAAUCGCAACCCCGCAGUGAUCACCGCCGGGACACCGAUACACAAAUUCGCCACUCCGGAUCACCCUUUCCACUGCCCCAUUGUGUUACAGGUACCCCCCUACUUAAACUACAGGUUUAUGGGGGAGAAGGACUGCGCGGCGCCCUGCGAGCCAUCCAAAAGUAACGGUUACAUGUUUUUCAGCGAGGAAGAAAUCAAGUUCGCCCGCAUUUGGAUUCUCAUCUGGUCCUCCCUGUGUUGCGCGUCCACUUUAUUUACCGUGACAACUUACCUGGUCGACAUGCAGAGGUUCCGAUAUCCAGAGAGGCCAAUUAUCUUCCUGUCGGGCUGCUACACUAUGGUUUCUAUUGCCUACAUCGCCGGGUUCAUCCUGGAUGACAAGGUUGUGUGUAAUGAGCGAUUUUCAGCGAGCAGCUUUAAAACAGUGGUUCAGGGCACGAAAAGGGAGGGCUGCACCAUUCUCUUCAUGAUGCUGUACUUUUUCAGCAUGGCCAGCUCCAUUUGGUGGGUCAUUCUUUCGCUCACCUGGUUCUUGGCCGCAGGGAUGAAAUGGGGUCACGAAGCGAUUGAAUCCAACUCUCAAUACUUCCAUCUAGCGGCCUGGGCUGUACCAGCUGUCAAGACUAUCACCAUCCUCGCCCUGGGCCAAAUAGACGGAGACAUGCUGAGCGGCGUGUGCUUCGUGGGUCUCAACACCGUCGACCCGCUGCGGGGAUUCGUCCUGGCGCCGCUUUUUGUCUACUUGUUCAUCGGGACCUCGUUCCUGCUGGCUGGGUUUGUCUCCCUGUUCCGAAUCCGGACGAUCAUGAAGCACGACGGUACCAAGACCGAGAAGCUGGAAAGGCUAAUGGUGCGAAUCGGGGUGUUCAGCGUCCUGUACACCGUGCCGGCCACCAUCGUCAUCGCCUGUUACUUCUACGAGCAGGCUUUCCGAGACCACUGGGAGAAAAGCUGGAUCAGCCAAAACUGCAAGAGCCUGGCCAUCCCGUGCCCGAGUCAGUACACCCCAAGGAUGAGCCCGGAUUUCACCGUGUAUAUGAUUAAAUACCUGAUGACUCUGAUUGUGGGUAUCACCUCUGGGUUUUGGAUCUGGUCCGGGAAGACCUUGCAGUCGUGGCGCAAGUUUUACACCAGACUAACCAACAGCAAACAAGGCGAGACAAUGGUUUAAUGUAACCAGGUACACAGUUACACAGCCCUUAGCUCCCCCCGUUGAAUCCCCACUGGAUUGGAUUGGUGAUAUAUCGGAGCGCUCUGUAGUGGUGCUUUAGCUGCAACGCAGUGACUGUAGGGUGGAAACGGAGGUAGCUGGUAAACAAAUAUUACAGCAAUGUUGCAAAUAUUACCAGAGCUCUUUUUAAUACACUGUUUAAAAAGCAGAGGUUGUUCAUUUGGAAUAGCCCAGAACCACUGCGCUAACCAAUGUUAAGAGGCCAUCUGUGAAAAAAGGGGUGUGGGGACACGGUCAACAGAGUGGACGUGUUCAUUUUAUUUUAUUUUAUUUUGAUUUCAGACAUAAUUUGGAGGGUUAUAAACAUUUUAAGGUGUAUUUAAGAAAAUUAACUGUAAAUACCAUUUGUAAAAAAAAAAAAGAAAGAAAAAGAAAAAAAAGAAACGUGUCCAUUAUAUAUUUGUAUUUAAAGAGAGUAGUUUUGUUUUUUGUUGUUGUUUUUUUCUUGGUAAAACCAUAAAUGGAGCCUUAGACUAUUUGAAAACUGUUUUUCUUGGCUACGGUGACACAACAGUCAGUCGAACUUGCCCUGAAAGACAGAUCUGUACUAAUGCCCUCUGAUUUAUGAGAUUAAGGAACUGUUUUAUAUUAAAGAUAGCCCUGGAUACAUUUUUUUUCUUGUUUUCUUGGCCGUUUCUUCACAUAGUGUAUGGUCCAACUAAAAAACGCAUACUGCGUAAGCCGAUAUAACAGUUGCCCUAUCUGGAGACUCAAAAAAAAACCCAAAACUCUACGAUUUUUUUUAUUAUUAUUAUUAUUAUUUCUCAACUAAAUAAAGAAAUAAAAUAGAGAGCACAAUAACAAAACUGGAGGCAUACGAUGAUAAAAUUUGAAUGCGUUUUUAAACAUGUGUGAAAGAAAAACCAAGGAACUAAAUACACAAAGACUGUUCAAAUAUGCAGCGUUGUACUGAUGUGUUUGUAACUGUAUGCAAAAAUAUAUGCUUAUUUUUUGUAAAGA